AUGUCUUCCAUCAAGAAAGAGUCACCAUUUCAGAAGUUCGCUUCUGGUAUGCUCCGUUUUCCUUUCAUUUGCAUUUGCAAGGCGAAAAAAUUCUCUGUUUUCAUGGACCCCUCCUUUAUGAGGCAAAGCUGGGACGAAUGGGUCACAGAUCGGCGUAUGUACAAAUACGAUGAAGCCGGUCUUCGAAAACAGAAGGAAUUAGAAAAGCUAGCCAAGUCCGGAAAGAAAAUGAAGAUUCUGCGCAAGUCAGACCUCAAAAAUCAACCUUACCCUCCCCCCGAGCUCAUCGAAAAGGUGGAAAAGGCUAUUCGUCCAGAGGAAAACGUAAAGGCUGGCCGGACAGCCUCCAUCCCCACCGCUACACCCGAGGAAACUCCCUCAGAACACCCAGCUAGUGAAACCAGUGAUGGCGAACAGCCACCACCGAAAACCUCCCGCCAAUCUUCCGUGCCGGAUGAAAAGCCACCUAAACCAACGCCUACGCCGGGCACAAACCGCAAGAAGAAGGGCCGUUCCGGCAUCGCAGAGAUCACCGGCGAAACGGAAGAAGGUUUCCUUUCGAGACCCAGAAUUCAAGUAAACUUCCCAGAAAAUAUUCGUGCUUGGCUUGUCGAUGACUGGGAUCUGAUAACCAAGCAGUCCAGGCUCUCCUCUUACGGUCGCCAAAUUUGGAGGGGUUAUUUCAUUGAACACUUGAUGUUUAGUGGCCUUGUCCUCUGGUUUGACUUUUUCAAGCUGCGUGACCUAAUCACCUUCGUCAAGGUUGAUCAGGGAAGCCUGUCCCUUCUGGAGUCACUGGUGGCAGACUUCAUUAGUUUCCUCGAACGCAACCAAGACGAAUAUUUCCGCCUGGAAGAUUACACAAUGGCCACCGCAGAUUAUCUUCGGUUGGCCAUGUGUUAA